UCAUUUUCGGUAGUUGGUAGACUUGUUCCGUAUCACAACGGCAUUCAUUUUCUCGGCUGCGCCAUUGAGCCGCAUCUGUACACGCUGCCUGCACAUCGUACUGUAUUGCAUUAUGAUUAGCUGCCGCCGCGCUUUAAGCGGUGUACUCAUGCUGGGCUAUGCAUUGUAUUCGUAGCCUGCAAUACGGCACACAGAUAGUACACACUACACAGUGUACACACAUCACACAACUGCUGCGGCUGGCUGCUUCACGGUUGGCGUUAUUGCAGCUGCACUCGAUAUCCAUUUGGUAGAAAAUCGUUUGUCGAAGGAGAAAUUUACUUACUGCUGCUUGACUAAAACGGCUGCACUAUACAGUAUUGCAUGCCAGCAGCAUCAACUUGCAAAUGCCGUGAUAUAGCGAGAGCGAGCUGUAAUGCAGGUUUUUCACAACUUGUCAACCGCGUAUACUGGAUGUGUGUUCUUGAUUUGUGCAUGAUUAUCCCAAUUAUCUAUGGAAUUUUUUAUCAGCGGUCCUAUGGUUUCUGUCGCGCGUUGGCCUGUUAUCGUCGCUGAUACACAUCGCCAUUCAUCGGGGAAUUGUUGGUGGAUGGUUGAGUGGUGCAAGUGUUGGUUGCAGGAUUGAUUUGGACGUGAGGCGGUGGUGUGGUUGAGAAUGGCGGAGAACUCGUACCUGGGCUUUCUCAGCGAUCCCUCCGCCAUGGCCAGCGACAUGUUCGCCUCGCUGAACGGCCAGGACGAGGGCGGCUUCCUCUCCAGCCUGCAGCCCAGCCUCAUCACCCCGGCGGCCGCCAGCUCCUACCAGGCCCUCGACUCGGAAUCCCUCAUGACCCUCGGCGAGCCCGCGCCCCCCUCCAAACCCUCCGCCAACCCCCCGGGGGCCCCCACCCUGUCCUACACCCAGCUGGGCCUCAGCACGCCCUACCACUCCCUCAACGCCUCCUUCCCCCCGCCGCACCAGCCCCCGCACGCCCCCCACCGCUACCCGGCGGGUUACUACCCGCCGGGAGUCCCCCCGGGGGCUGGAGGACCUCCUGCGGGCUACCCGGCCGCCAAUCCGCCGCAGCGCUUCGGCCACGAUCCCUACCGCCACCCACAGUUCUCCGCGUACGGCGCGGCGGGCUCCGGCGGGGGCCCGACUCCCCCGUCUUCCUGGCCGGCGUCGGCGGUGGGGCUGCCGGGGCAGAACGCCUACCUGUCGCCGCAGAAUGCGCCGAUGCGACCCCCCUACGGCACGCACCAGGGCUACCCGGACGGGCAGAGCCCCUUCGUCAACCACGGCCAGCCGCAGUUCGGCGGCGGGAACGCGGCGGGCGCCGCCACGCAGGGCUUUCAGGGGAUGCGCAUGAUGCCCGGGUAUGCGGGCGGGAUGCCGCCCGGGAGCGGGCCGGGCCAGCAGGCCUUCCCCUCCUCCAUGGCGUCGCCGUUCCCCGGCUAUGCCGGGCAGCAGCCGGCGCAGGGCAUGCCGCAGAAUCGGCUGCCGGGGAUGCCCUACUCCAUGCAAGCACAAAUGGCCAACAGGUUUCCUCCAUCUCACGGCCAACCCGGAAGCAUGCAGCCGCCGGCCCCUCGCAGCCGCCGCAGCGCCUCUCCGGCCUCCUGGCGCAGACCCCGCGCAUCCCGGGGCCCCCGGACCUGGCCGGCCUGAUGAAGCCGGACUCCAAGGCCCCUCCCGUGAUGGACGCCAAACCCUCUCCCUCGCCUUCCACACAUUCCGAUCUCGCGCGGGCCCAACAGCAGCAGCAGCAGACCGGCCCGUCGCCCACCGCCCCGCCGUCGGUGCGCUCCCCCGAGAGC